AUGCCUUCUAUGGAGACUAAGCGCGAAAAGGCAAGAGAAGUUGUUGACAUCUUGGAAGAAAUCUCAAUCCUGCUGGAUACGCAGCUUGACCGCACUCAAUUGUCCCUUUGUAUCUCAUUGAUCGAGAAUGGCGUUAACCCAGAAGCCCUUGCAACUGCAAUCAAAGAAUUGAGACGCGAGACUCAAGACCUAGAACAGGACUCCGGGAUUUCCGAAUAA